GCUGGCCCCAGCGCUUGAUCCAACCCUUCGUUGACGGGCAAACUUCUGGACGCAACUGCUACGGUCUUGACACCAUCGGCGUCGUCGCCGUCUCACUUCAGUUUUCACCCGCAACCCCAAACCCACAUUUCAAAAAGCAUGACGUCCGAGACCCGCAAGCGCAACCGAGCCGCGGCCGACCGCAAGUACUAUGAGAAGAACCGCCAAAAGGUCCUGGCGCGCCAGAAGGAGUACUAUGCGCGCCACCGCGAGGCCGAGCUCCUCCAAGCGCGCCGCUACUACGAGUCGCACAAGGACAACGUCCUCGCGCUCAACAAGGAGUACCGCCAGCGCCACAAGGAGCGCGAGCUCGCGCAGGCCAAGCAAUAUUACGUCCACCACCGCGAGAAGGUCCUCGCGCGCAAGAAGGAGUACCUCGCAGCGCACCGCGAAAAGAUCAACCAGCGUCGGCGCGAGCUCCGCCUCCUCAAGCAAGGCAAAGCGUCGUCCGUCGUGUCGAAAAUGUCGAUCGCGUUUCUUCUGAGCCCGUGAACUCGUAGUCGAUCAACAAUCUGUAGUGUAGUGUGUAGUUGGCUGCCGCCUCUCGUAAUAAGUUAAACCACCGCCUUUCCAUUCCUGAA